AAAAGAGACUAAAACGACAAGAAUUUUCCACGAACGCGGUUUCGAGACUUUUGAAGAGUCUUCACUUCUCUUCUUCUUCUUAUUCAAAACCAAAGAAACCAUUUUUUUAUUUUCUCAGUAACCAAACACACCAAUCAAUGGCUUCAAUCUACAAUUGCCACGAAUGCGGAACCGAUCUCAACCUAAGGACCGUCCAUAUGUACCCACCGGAAGUCUACUUCGAGGCCGGUAACAAGGGUACACUCUCGUUCUCGACGGUGGACGCUACCAAGUUCAAAUUCGUAAAAGAGGACAAGAUUCGACCUUUUUUCGAAACCCUAGAUUAUUGGGGGAUUCAGAGAAAGAGGACGAAGAUCAAAUGUUCCAAUUGUGGGAAGCUUGUGGGUUACAUCUACGAUGAUGGCGUUCCUUUGAGUGAUCAUCCUGGUCAAUUUCACUUUGGUCCUAGUCAGGUCAUUCCUAGGGCUCCUCGUUACAGGUUCAAAACCAAAGCCCUUCGAAUUACCUCUGAAAAUUAGGGCUUUUCUUUUUUUCCUCUAAUUUCAUUCUUGAAUUUUAUGUAUGUGUGUAUAUAUAUACAUAUAUCUGUGAAAAGUAACAUAAAGUUCAAAGCUUUGUUUUUGUGAUUAAAUAAAGGUUUUGUUUUUGUGUUAA